UCGCAGCGCUGAAGAGCGUCUGAAUAGAGUAGCCUAAUUGCAUGAGCCUUGAGUCGAGAUCCUGUCAAAGCACUAUACAGCGAAAUUCUCGCACCUGAACUUUUACACUCUUUCCUGAGGACUAUUUUACCAUUUAAACGGGACGUCUUAUCACGUUAUUUACUCUGACACGCAAUAGCAGCACUUGAGAAGUGACUCCACCGCAGUUGCUUUCCUGUCUUAAGACAUUUAAAAUAAAAGGAUAUGGUGUUGGACAUGUGAAACACACGGGCAACUUCAAACAUGAAGCUGGCAUUUUCUCUGUGUUGCCUCGGGGUUCUCCUCACUUCUGUCGCGGUCCGUCUCAUCGACUCGCAGCAAGUAUGCCCUGGCACAGAGAAUAAACUAAGUACUCUGUCAGACCUGGACCAGCAGUAUCGAACCCUUCGUAAAUACUAUGAGAACUGUGAGGUGGUGAUGGGUAACCUAGAGAUCACCAGCAUCGAUCGCAGUCGUGACCUGUCCUUUCUUAGGUCCAUUCGUGAGGUGACCGGCUAUGUACUUGUGGCACUGAAUCAGUUUGAGUAUCUGCCCCUGGAGAAUCUGCGCAUCAUCCGCGGCACCAGACUGUAUGAAGACCGCUACGCCCUGGCCAUCUUCCUCAACUACCGCAGAGAUGGCAACUUCGGACUCCGUCAGCUUGGCCUUAAGAACCUCACAGAAAUUCUGAAUGGAGGGGUGUAUGUGGACCAGAACAAGUUCCUUUGUCAUGCCGAUACCAUCCACUGGCAGGAUAUAGUGAAGACCGUUCGUCCUGAUCACCUGGUUGUGCCGUCCAAUAGCAGCAGCUCAUGUCAGAGGUGUCAUAGAGGAUGUAAUGGACGCUGUUGGGGGCCAAAGGAGGACCAGUGUCAGAGCUUGACGAAGACGGUGUGUGCCGAACAGUGUGAUGGGCGAUGUUUUGGGCCGUACGUCAGUGACUGCUGUCAUCGCGAGUGUGCUGGAGGCUGUUCUGGACCGAAGGACACCGACUGUUUCGCCUGCACUAAUUUCAACGACAGCGGUGCAUGUGUGACGCAAUGCCCUCAGCCCUUUGUCUACAACCCCACUACUUUCCAGCUGGAGCACAACCCGCGGGCCAAAUACACAUAUGGAGCGUUCUGCGUCAAAAAGUGCCCACAUAACUUUGUGGUGGACCACAGCUCCUGUGUCAAAGCCUGUCCCAGCAACAAGAUGGAGGUGGAGGAGAACAGAAUCAAGAUGUGCAUCCCCUGCACUGAUAUCUGCCCAAAAGCAUGCGAUGGGAUCGGCACUGCUAGCCUUCAAAUGGCUCAAACCAUUGACUCCAGCAACAUCGACAGAUUCAUCAACUGCACCAAGAUCAACGGAAACCUGGUGUUCCUCAUCACAGGCAUUAAAGGGGACGUAUACCACAACAUAGAGCCCCUGGAUCCAGAAAAACUCAAUGUGUUCCGCACCGUCCGAGAGAUCACCGGCUUUCUAAACAUUCAAUCCUGGCCAGAAAACAUGACUGAUCUGAGUGUCUUCUCCAAUCUGGCAACCAUCGGAGGCAGGUCUCUCUACAGUGGCAUCUCUCUUUUGGUGCUAAAGCAGCAGUGGAUUUCCUCACUGAAGCUGCAGUCUCUCAGUGAGAUCAGUGCUGGAAACGUGUACGUCACCAACAACAGUCAACUCUGCUACUACAAUACGGUCAACUGGACACGACUCUUCCGCACCAACACCCAGAAGGCCCUGAUCCGCAACAACCGCGACCCCAAGGAAUGCAUUUUGGAUCAUAUGGUAUGUGACCCGCUGUGCUCUGAUGCUGGAUGCUGGGGUCCUGGGCCCGACCAGUGCCUGUCCUGUCGGUUCUUUAGCAGGGGACGUACCUGUGUCGAAUCCUGCAACCUGCAUGAAGGACUGGCCGGCUCUAAGCCCAAGCUGCUCACCAGGCCAUUUGUGGUCGAGAAGCGGGAGGCGGGUUUGGAGAGGGAUGUACGGGAGUUCGCAAAUGGUUCGGUGUGUCUGGAGUGCGAUGCGCAGUGUGAGGUGGCAGAUGAUGACAGUCUUACCUGCACUGGGCCUGGUCCUGAUCACUGUGUUAAAUGUCUUCACUUUAAAGACGGACCCAACUGUGUGGAGAAAUGCCCUGAUGGCCUACAGGGAGCAAACAGCUUCAUCUUCAAAUAUGCUGAGGCCAACAAUGAGUGUCACCCCUGCCAUGUCAACUGUACCCAGGGGUGCACAGGACCUCGUCUGCAAGACUGCAUUGGCAUGAUGGACAGGACUCCCCUCAUUGCGGCCGGGAUUAUUGGAGGAUUGUUUGUGGUGAUCAUCGUGGGCCUGAGUGUUGCCAUAUCAGUGAGGAGGAAGAGCAUCAAGAAGAAGAGAGCCUUGAGACGCUUCUUGGAGACUGAGUUGGUGGAGCCUCUGACGCCCAGCGGUGCGGCCCCAAAUCAAGCCCAGUUGCGCAUUCUAAAAGAGACCGAGCUGAAAAGGGUGAAGAUCCUGGGAGCUGGGGCCUUUGGUACCGUUUACAAGGGCAUCUGGGUACCUGAGGGCGAGACUGUGAAGAUCCCUGUUGCCAUAAAGAUCUUGAACGAGGCGACAGGCCCAAAAGCCAAUGUAGAGUUCAUGGAUGAGGCUCUGAUCAUGGCCAGCAUGGAGCAUCCUCACCUGGUGCGGUUAUUGGGUGUGUGUCUGAGCCCCACCAUUCAGCUGGUCACUCAGCUCAUGCCCCACGGAUGUCUGCUGGACUAUGUACAUGAGCAUAAAGACAAUAUCGGCUCCCAAUUACUGCUCAACUGGUGUGUUCAGAUCGCCAAGGGUAUGAUGUACUUGGAGGACAGGAGACUUGUGCACAGGGAUCUGGCUGCUCGGAACGUCCUAGUGAAGUCACCCAACCACAUAAAGAUCACUGACUUCGGUCUGGCUCGCCUUCUGGAUGCAGAUGAGAAGGAAUACAAUGCAGACGGGGGCAAGAUGCCUAUAAAGUGGAUGGCUUUGGAGUGCAUUCACUAUAGGAAAUUCACCCAUCAGAGUGACGUAUGGAGUUAUGGUGUGACUAUCUGGGAGCUGAUGACAUUCGGAGGAAAGCCGUACGAUGGAAUCCCGACCCGAGACAUCCCUGACCUGCUGGAGAAAGGAGAGAGGCUUCCUCAACCUCCCAUCUGCACUAUUGACGUCUACAUGGUCAUGGUCAAAUGCUGGAUGAUAGAUGCAGACAGCAGACCCAGAUUUAAGGAGCUUGCAGCAGAGUUCAGCCGAAUGGCAAGAGAUCCACAACGUUACCUAGUCAUCCAGGGGGAUGACCGCAUGAAGCUGCCCAGCCCCAAUGACAGUAAGUUCUUCCAGAGUCUGCUAGAUGAGGAGGAACUGGAGGAUCUGAUGGAUGCCGAGGAGUAUUUGGUGCCACAAGCCCUCAGUAUUCCCCCGCUGGCAUACACAACCAGAUCACGCAUGGAUCCCAACAGAAACCAGUUUGCGUACCAGGACGGCAGCUUCGGCAUGGAGGAGAUGAUGGCCACUAUCCCGCGGGUCGUUGCUGUGUCUGCGGUCAGCCCAGGCUGUCCUGCUCAGAAGCAAUCUAUGACCCAGCAGGGGGCCUCGGGAUCCUCGGAGGCAUUUGAAGACAGCCGCUGUAAUGGCACUCUUAGGAAGAAGGUUUCACCCAGGGCAAGCACCGGGGAGGACAGCAGUGGCCAGCGCUACAGUGCAGAUCCAACUGUGAUACUGUGUGAGCGCGGAGCAAGAGCCGAGACUGACCAGGAUGGAUACAUGAGCGCCAUGCAGGACAAAAAGCCCUCAGAUUAUCUACACCCUGUGGAGGAGAACCCUUUUGUUACCCAUCGCAGAAAUGGAGAGGUCCGCACUCUCGAGCGAGGUUACCACAGUACCUCCAACGGACAGUCCAAAGUAGAGGAUGAGUAUGUCAAUGACCCGUUGUACCUCAACACCUUUCAUAACUCUGGGGAAAAGAGUCACGAUGUAUUGAGGAAGAACGGAGUCCCUGUUCCACACUCCGCAGCAGUAGUAGUAGCAGCAAAUAGUGGAACUUCCACCAGCCAGAACCUUUCCCAAACAAUGCAACCAGUGGCAUCAAAUGCCCACAUCACAACACAGCCUCUCUACCAAGGCAAACAAAGCAUCUCCACCCUCUCAGGCCACACCCUCCACUCUGCCCAUCCCGGACAUAGCCUCCACCCAACGCACACCCUCCAUCCCGCUCACUCUGGGACCAUCAAGCCCGACAUAAAGCCCAAAAAGACAUUUGACAAUCCUGAGUACUGGCAGCACAGUCUCCCCCCCAAGGGCACUCUCCACAACCCUGAGUAUCUGCAGGACUGCAGCACACGCUUCUUCUACCGGCAAAACGGACGGAUCCGACCCGCUGUGGCUGAGAACCAGGAGUACCUUUCAGAGUAUGCGCUAAAACCGGGAACAGUGUUGCCACCUCCUCCCUACCGCCAGAGAAACACUGUUGUGUAGCAACAAUGGCCAAGACAAACAAGGAAAGUUGGAGGUAAAGAGAGAGUCAUAGUGUUUUCUCACCCUGGCUCCUACACCAGCAUCCUGAUCUCUCUGCUCCUCUCUGAAUUGGAUUUAACACCCAACCUCCAAUGACCUGGAACUGAUCCACUUGAGUGAGCUUCUCCUCCAGAGGCAUUGGUCACAGAUGGCCACAUCAAUUAAAGCUCCUUCCUACUUGUCUCUCCUCACUUCAGUCACCAUUAAGACCUGUCUCCCCUACCUGAGGCCAACUUUUGGAAAAUGAUACUCUUCCCAACAUUUGGUACAUGUUACACUCAUCUCACUGAAAGCAAGUGCUGACAUUGACAUGGAACGUGGGUUGGUCCAAUAGCAGGGAGGAGUCAUUCUUUUGUGCAAUUACAGAAAUAUUUCUACCAUUUAUCUUAUUUUGAUUUGUACCUACAAUAGGAUCUGCUGAAAUUUAUUACUUAGGUUAGCAUAGUUUAUUUUAGCACUCCAUACAUGAUUUUAUGAGGCAGAUGUGUUGUAAGCAAAUCCUUCGUAUUGGGAAUAUCGUUGUGGGCCUUGGGACAAAAGGGCCCAAACUGGUCCUCCGUGUUGCCUACUGAUUGAGACUCCAUAAAAGUAAGCGACAGGCAUGGCUGUAUGCUAAAUGCUGUUAUAUACAACAAAACAUAUGUUCAUUACAGCAUGGUGUCAGCUGGGACCUUUGAUCACCACCUUCUCGAAAGGCGCAUCUUCAAAAGACACAUUGUGUAAUGUUCUGUUAAAAAUAUCUGCAUAAUUCAUCGGCACAUGUAUUGCUCAAACAAGGCACUUUUUAUUAUUUCUAUUGAGCCAUUCUUCAUUUUUGAUUCUUAAGUAAGCCUGGAAUGAUUGCCAACUGGAAACACUCCUGCGGUCCAUAUUAUACAUCUAUAAAACUACAUGUGUAAAGGCAACUUAAUGAAAGACAAGUGCUCCAUGCUGAGAACAGUGUCAGCAUGCAUGUGAAGGAGUCCGUACUGCAGCCCGCCACAAAAUCAAUAACUUCAUAAAAGCAGAUCUGCAACAGUCUACUGUAAUAAAAGUUUUUAUUGUUGAUCUAGCCAGCAUUGAUCUGUAUGCUCACAGAGUUGUCACCUUAAGGUAGCCUCUUCCUUAUUUUGUCAUUUGAUGUGUGGAACGAAAACCCAGAUUGGGUCUACCUUGAACUUUAGAAGCUAAAAUCAACACUAGCGACCAAAAGGAUCCACAUAGAUGGACAUACUGCGGUGAACGGAUAUUUACACAGUUACAAAGGCCCAUGUUUGCACGGAAGACUCAACAGCACACAAUGCCUAGAUGCUCUUCUGAAAUAUGGCCGGAAAACUGUUACAACUAUAGAAAUUUCACCCACAUGCAAGUCGAUGAGAUGCACAAGACUUGCGAUCAAGAUGGCAGCUUUUUCUAGCUGGGUUCAUUAAAACUGCAGUGAGGGAUGUUUUGAAAUCACAGCAGGAGUACCAUCAUCCAGUACCAUGAGGAACAAAUGAGAACGUACGAAUGGAAUAUUUGCCCUGAGGUCAGAGUUGAGACUGCCUCAAAUCUGCCUCAAACUCCAUUUGAACUGUCUCCCAUAAUGACUUUUCUAUAAGAAGUGUCUCAUGGAGCUACACAGAUAGAAUUUAGGAUGAUAACUUAGCUUACUUGGGCAUGUUGUUCUCCUUAAAUGUUGGAAAACAACUUUGCUAAAUCUUCGGUAAAACCGCACCAUCCAGGUUUCUCUGGCUAGAUUUGUGUAUAGUUUUGAACACUGCCAGUCACUAUGCUUUUCUGUUAAUGGGAAUAAUAAUGUUGUGUUGCUGGUUUGGAGAUGUGAAAUGGUUUUAUAGCACUUAACAGCCUGGCACAGCCACAUGAGUUUGUUUUAAACACCAAUGGCACUGACUGAAUACUCAUUUAUUAUAAUCAUUGCUACAUGAUGAUAGCACACAUCACCCGCCCACAUACGUUUGUUUUGCUCUAUCACUUUUUUCUUUAUAUGUAUUUUUUUUGUGUGUGCUUAUAAAUAUGAAGGUUUACGGUUACAUGGAGCACUUUAAUUAAUGAACAUAGCAAAGAAAGAGCGGAAUUCUUUUCAUUGUGGGAAUUGCUGUUUCCAUGUGAUAACAAAUUAGACAAAUGACAUUUUUGGCUCGCUACUGGAAACAAAAUCAGGGAAUGUUAGUGAAGCGCAGUAAUUUUGCCAAACACAGAUGUUUACUAAUUGAAGUAUUUAUCACAAGCUUUUAUCCUUAGAAAUAAUGUGAUUAGGGCAGAAUUUAAGGUGGGUCGCAAUAAUGCUAAGAUUACCUAUAUAACAAUAAUAGAUGCCAUUACAGGACGAAACUGAUACUUGAAAUUGCUUUAUUUUAGCUCCUAUAGAGUGUUUAAAAUAGAUUAACAGUUAUGAAGUAAAGUGUGUAGAACUAAGGCCAAAUGUAACCCUGGACCACAAAACCAGUCUAAAGUUGCACAACUAUAUUUGUAGCAAUAGCCAAAAAUACACUGAAUGGGUCAAAAUAAUAUAUUUUAUGUCAAAAAUCAUUAGGAUAUUAAGUAAAUAUCAUUAUGAAGAUAUUUUAUACAUUUUGCUAUAGUAAAUAUAUCAAAACUUCAGUUUUGAUUAGUAAUAUGCAUUGCUAAGGACUUUAUCUGGCAAACUUCAAAGGCAAUUUUCUCUCUUUCUCUCUCUCUAUAUAUAUUAUAUAUAUCUAUAACAACAUCGAUGGAAAGCUCAUUUAUUCAGCAUUAAGAUGAGGUCUAAUUCUCAAUUUCGAAAAAUUUACACUUAAGACAGAUUUUGCGGUCCAGGGUCACAAAUUAUAUUUUUAUUCAUGUUUCUUGUAUUUAUGAUGAUCCCAGUGCAUUGUUAUCUAAAGGAAUCUGGUUGGGGUUAUCAAAAGCCCGAAGUACAACCUCAAUGAAAACCCUCUUGCAUACAGUUUCCAAGAGGAUUGAAGUGUUCGGGUUACUUUCUCUUAGACUAAUUAAAGGCAAAGACCUUGUGCAUAUGCUACUGAUAAUGCCACCGCAGGUCUGGGUGUCUAAAUCUAUAUGUAGCUAGCAACUGCUGUGAAUACAGGGUGGGUAAAGAUCUACUAAAUCCAUCAAGUGAGGAACAGCUAGGCCAAAAUAGAGGGAGAAGAAUGCCUGAAAUGUGAGGGUGACUGUUUGUGAAGACUUUCUCAAUUAGAGACUGUUAGAGGAUGGAACUCAUUCUCUUUGGAAACAUUUCCACUUUCUUGGAAAUUAGGUCUGGAUGGAGCACAAACAUUUUGUCUCACUGCACAUUGUUCAUCUGUGACUCCCAUUUAGCAGAAUCUAGAAGAACAUGUGAAAGACAUCUUGAACUUAUGUAUAUAUACCUGAAGGGGCUUGAAGAGUAGAAAGAUGCUGGUGAAGGCUUAUGUUCCUUUUUUUUCUUUCUUUUUUUUAAACAUUGCUUUAAAAAAUCUGAAGAGUGAGUUCACUAAGUUUCAGUGCAACACACGUGAAUCAACUCUCCAAAAUGCUUAAAUUGUACUGAUUGUCAUGCUCUGUCUCCAUUAUUCAGUUAAUGAUCAACAACAUCUUUUAAUACGUAGGUUUACCUCCUGCUUUCUGUUAAGAUUAAUAGGCCAAUAGCAAUGAGUUAAUGAACCCAAUUUACAUAAAGCAUGUGUAUGCUAAAAUAAGAAAAAAUUUAAUUUACAGUAAAUACGGAAUGGAAACUAUUUUGCCACAUUUACUGUUUGGUUAAACGGAGUUGUGGGUGGUUGGUUCAAAAAUCUAAUUCAAAAGAGCUUAGUGAAUUCACCCUUUGAUCUUAGAUUUUUUAUUUCUCCCCAUUUUUUACAUCAGCUAGUUGCAAUAUACAUGAUUUAGGUCCUUAAAAUUCCCUUAAUGUUUUGAUGGGCCCUACAGUUCUUUUAUAAUGACCAUGUCAUCGUAUAUUUUACAGUAUAGAGAGACAAUAACCUCCAACCUCAUAAAAAUACAAUGCGUUUCAGUUUCUGUUAUCAAAUUAAUGUUGAGGUACUUACAAUAUUUUAGUUCACUUAAUGUUCAACCACCAACAAUUAAAUUAAUUUACAGUGUUAUUGAGUCUGAACUGAUCAUGUGUAUUUACGUAUCAAAUCUGCAGUGUCAAAGAUGCAAACAAGCACAGGCUUGUGCUUUUGGGUCCUUCUCAUUAGCUGUGCCCUCUUUUCUUUUUUUUAUCAUUUCUUUUGCAAUGCUCACUGGAACUUAUUUUGCAUGUGGCAAGGUAGUCAGAAAGUAUCUGUAGACUAAGCACAGUUAAUAAAAAAAAUAAUCAUCAUCAUUUUAUAUUACAAAGGACAAAAUAAAGUAAAGAAAAACACCUUCCUGCAACAUUGACAUUUGGAAUGGUUGUUCCUCAUGAUUUUACUACUGUACGUCAAUGAGAAAAUGUGAAUAGUAUUUUUAUAGACAGUUGAACUGGCCAGAUGCAUUUGUAAAUAGCUGGGAAACGUAUGCUCUUUUUGGACUGACCUUUUUUCCCCCUUUGUUUUGUUCACUUGUAUUGUGUGUGACCGGUUAUUCUUAUUUGAUGGCUGUAUAUAUAUAUAUAUAUGUAAUUUGAACAGCACAUAUUUGAUUUUGUAGAUCUUGCAGGUUCUUUUAGUACUUCGGUGUGUUUUUUCGUGACCGUAUGUAGCUCGGCUUGAUGCUUUUUGUGUUUUUUAACCUCUGCCCAUGUUCAAGAGGUAGGAGAUGUUUCCUUUCUGUAAGGUAUAGCCUCCCUCCAUCACCCCACGGAAAAUCUCUUUUUGUACAGAAUCCAGCGUGGGGAAUCUGCAGCUGUGUGACCAUAGCAUUUGUAUCUCAGAAGAAUCUCUCUCAACUCCAGUUAGGCUUUUCCUGACUUUAGUCCUGGUCAUAUCCCUUCACAUCUGCAGCCAAGGGCCGUGAGCGCAAACACGGAGAUAAAUGAUGGCAAAAGCUGAGCUCAACCAUCUCAAAUACAUCCGCCAUGGUUUUCCUCCAAGAAACCCGUAAGUCAGAGUGUAUUAUUCACGCUGUCAAGUGGACUAAUUGCCUUGAGUGGUGUUCAUUUGGCCACGUUGUUAUUGAGUGACGGCUCAUCGAAACUAAAGUCAAGUCUUGUCAUUUUUGACGCCCAUCUUCUGGUCACAGUAAAUUGCUUUACCACAGCUUUCCCAUUCCCCAAAGCUAGAGCAUUUAAAUACUGUUUCACAGUUUUGUUACCUGAAUCUAUAUUUUUAAUUUAAUAUAAAUAAAUAAAUAAAUACAACACCUGAUA